CGUCAACAGGGACUCAGUACAGUAAAGAACUAAAGCGUGCUGUCCGUCUCUCUCAAAUUUCCGGUCUGCGAGUCUGGAAUAACCCAAACGCAGAGUGGCGGCAACAUUUUCCCUCUCUUUUUAAAAAAUUCACAAGACCGCAAAAAGCGCCCCCCAUCCCUCUUCUUCCACCUCCCGAAAUAAGCACAAACCCUAAUUUUCAAAUCCUCCCUCCUUCCCUCCACACGUUAGAUCCCAUCCGCUCAUAAGCCCCUCAUUUCAUUUCUGCAAACCCAGCUCACAAUUCCAUCCUUAGAACCUUCAAUGGAGGAAAUCUACCUCUCCAAGACUACGGAGCCUGUCCUUUCUCACCAACGUCCUAAUGGGCCUUCCCCACCUUCGUCCCUGUCGUCACCACCUGAGCAAGCUGUCGAGUCUUCACCGUCUUCAGCCAUAGAACCACUUCCUGCGCAAAUCCUUGAUGGGUCUUCACCUGCACCGCCACUACAAACCGCCGAGGAUUGUCCUCUUUCUCCAACUUCGCCUCCGCAUGGAGAAACGAUAAAUGAUUUCUCCAAUUCAUCUUUCAAUGCUCUUUCUGAAACCCUAGAAGACGACCCAUCGCCUUCUCCUCAUUCUCCAGGAAGAAACCCUUCAGGCAGUGAAGCCAAGCCCUCCAUUUCACCUUGUAUUGCUUAUGAAACCAAGCCCUCUUUGGUGGGCGCAGGGCUUGCAAAUUUAGGUAACACAUGCUUUCUGAAUGCAGUCUUGCAAUGCUUCACACACACAGUGCCGCUGGUGCAGGGCCUUCGUUCUUGCAAUCACGAUUUCCCGUGCGAUCGUAGUCAUCAAGAGUUCUGUGUUCUCUGUGUCCUACGCGAGCACAUUGAACUUUCACUGGCUUCUUCAGGAGGGAUUAUUUCGCCUCUAAGAUUCUUUGACAAUUUAAGCUAUUUUUCAUCCUUUUUCCAGAGAUAUCAGCAGGAAGAUGCUCAUGAAUUUCUGCAAUGUUUAUUAGAUAAACUGGAUUGCUGUAUUUUGGAUUCUAAGAAACAAGUUAAAUUUGUAUCUUCACUAGAUGGUAAUCUGGUGAACGAGGUUUUUGGCGGUCGGCUCAUUAGCAAGCUUCGAUGCUGCAAUUGUAAUCACUGUUCUGACAGUUAUGAGUCAAUAAUUGACCUGAGUUUGGAGAUCAAAGAUAUGGAAACUCUUCCACAUGCUUUAGAAUCUUUCACCAAGGUGGAAAAGAUAGGAGAUCCAGAGAUGAAAUUUACAUGUGAGAACUGCAAGGAAGAGGUCUCGGUGGAAAAACAGUUUUUGCUGGACCAAGCCCCUUCUGUAGCUACAUUCCAUUUAAAGAGAUUCAAGAGUGAUGGUUUCUAUGUAGAUAAGAUUGACAAGCAUGUGGCAUACCCAUUGGAGUUGGAUUUGCAGCCCUACAUUAGUGGCAGUCAAACUAAUAAUGUGGAAUUGAAGUAUGAAUUGUAUGCAGUUGUGGUGCAUGUUGGAUUGUCAUCCAAUUCUGGGCAUUAUUUUUGUUUUAUUCGAUCCUCCCCAGACACAUGGCAUAGAUUGGAUGACUCAAAGGUCACUGGGGUCCGAGAAGAUUUUGUGCUUUCUCAGGAGGCCUACAUUUUGUUCUAUGCAAGGCAGGGUACACACUGGUUUUCAAGUCUAAUGGAAACCCAAAAGUCAUGCAUGGAAUCAAACUUUUUGGGCACUUCACCCAAGUCAGUUCUAGAUAAUGUGGACAACAUCUCUUCUUUCUCUCCUAGUGUAGCUAACAUUCAGAGUCCUAUGGUCAAUGAUAGAGAUCCUACGGAGGGAAGAUUUUCUUCUGAAACAAAUCCUGGGAUUGAGGCUAAUGGUGUUGAACCUGAUACUUGUGUGAUUCAUGCUCAAACACAGCUUGAGCCAAGUGCUUGCUGUGAUAGAACUACAUCAUACAAUGUGGAGAAAAGGAGUUAUCCAUCACCUACUGGAGAAAAAAUUUACAAUCAGAUGCAUGAUGAAUUUAGACACCAUGUCAAUAUCCAUCCUCAGACACCGCCCAGAUCUCCAAGCCCAGAUAUAUAUUUUGAAGAGCCUCGAGAAGAGGCUCAUUUGAUUCCACGUGAUCAUCUGAACUUGGACGACCAGGUCUCUUGUAAAAGAACAUUAAACCAUGCUUUGGAGGAUUCAAAGAAAAAGGAGGCUGCUAAAUACAUGAAGAAGACCAUGCCCACAGCAAGGAGCAUGCAGUUAAUGGCUGCGAUGAUGGGUUCUCGGAGUGAGAAUUCACUGAAAAAGAGGAGCAAACGAAGAAUGGCAUCACCUCCAAAUGGAGAACCCAGCUCUAGUACUCGCCGUAAAUCCUGUCCAAACUCUAUGAUGAAUCCUGUGGUUGCUGGAAUUUUUCCCUGAGCACAUUUGAUACUCCAGUGAAUAUGCCUGGACUGUUUAUAUUGACCAACAUAGAUGUCAUUCAUUAGAUACCAAAAUAGGGAAAAAAAAAAUGGUUCCUUUGAGCUGCAUUUUGGUUGCUACCUCUGGUGCUAAGAAAUGAAGGCGUUUAGUUUUUUUAGAUACUAGGCUGUAUCUUAGUAUGUAAAGUUCAGCUAAGGUUUCAUCUUAGCUUCUCAGGGUUUUAAACUGAAAGUAUUUCAGUCUUCGAAAGGAGGCAUAUUCAACUCCUGUUUGAAAGGCAGGCAUGAGAUGGGUUUUGCUGAAGAUAAAAAGCCUGAAAAAAAUAGAGGAAAUUAAGGUGCUUAAAAUAUGAUUAGACCAUUUUGAUUUCCAUGUCUUUGAGGCCUAAGAGCAUGUUAAAAAUAAAGUGUUGCAAAUUGCUGUUUCCAUUUGUCAUUGUGUAUGCCUCAAUUAGAUUCUACUUAUCAUGCACAUUGGUAAAUGCUCUCGUGUAAGGAAAGCUGCAAAAUGUGGGUUUUAUUUCAUUGUCUAAUAUACUAGUUUUCAUGAAUGAUGGAGAAUAUUGUAGGAAGGGAUGGAUGUGAAA